AUGAGUGGUCUAAGAAAGUCAUCACGUAUACGAAAAUCGAUAACAACAAUUGACCAAAAUUUGGAUGAUGACGAUGAUGAUGCAUUUAUAACAACAAAACCACGAAAAACUAUUACACGUUCUUCUAUUAAACGUCCAUCUACUGACGAUAAUGAUGAACACGAAAUGAUAACACCACAAAAGAGACAAAAGAAAAAGAAAUCAACAACAACAACAACAACCACAAAGACAUCACCAUAUUUUGAUAAAAAAAUAACCGAAAAAAAAAUUGAUUCACCUAUUAAAGAAACAAAGAAAUCUGUAAAACCAAAACCAAAACCUAAGAAGAAAACUGCAAAACCUAACGUAACUAUUGAUGAAAAUACAACAUUAUCGAAUGAUGCUACAAGUGUAACAACAAAAACAACCACAGCAAGUGAUGAUAAUAAUUCCGACUCAGAUUCGGAUGAUGAUGAUGAUGGAGGUUGGGAAAAUGUUCAAGCAAAACCUAGUGAAGAAGUUACUAUUCAAAAAUUACUUAAAGAACGUGAAGAAAAACAAUCAACUGUAGUAAAUGGUGAAGUUGAAGUAAGUUUAACUAGUGAAGAAGUUGCUGCUGCUCAAGGAAGACGAAAAAAAAAUCUUAAUUCUAAAGAACAUCAAUUAGAACUUCAAUUAAAACGUGUAUUAAAAAAGAAUUUUUUACAAAAACAUAAACAUCAUAUUGUUUGUAAUCUUGGUCAUGGUUUUCAUUUAAUUAAAACAUAUAUUCAUAAUGAAGAAAUUCGUUCACUUAUGUUUUCAUUACUUGAUGAAUCUAUAACAAAAACAUUAAUUUAUAAUAAGAAAACAACAAAUAUGAAUGAUAUACAUCGUCUAGUAAAAUAUUUUAAUGAAGUUUUUAUUGUUAUGGAUAAACCAUCAAAUGAUGAACAAGAAAGUCAACCAGUUACACUUGAAAAAUUACGUCAAGCUAUGAGUGAACAUUUAACUAAAUCAUCAUCACCUAUUCGUGUUAUUCUCUUUGCUAUUUAUGUUCGACUUCUUCAUUAUGAAUGUCGAUUAGUAUUUGCUGCUGAUCUACCACCAAUUCGUCCACGUGCUGGAAAACAAGAAAAACUUCGUAUACCACAUGGUAGUCUUACUAAAAAUAUUAAGAAAAAACAAAAACAAACUUUAACUGAUGAGGAUGAUGAUAAUAGUACUAGUAUGAGCAAUGAAGAUACAUCACGAUUACAUUCACAUGAUCAUUCAUCAGAUGUAUCUCGUGUUGUUGCUUCAACUUCAUCACAAUUAGUUAAAAAUAAUCGAGCAAUUUCACCACCAUCAGCAACAACUGAUAAACCGGUAAAAACUAAAAAAGAAUCUCGUCGUUUAAUGCCUCGUUAUUAUUGGAUUGAAAUAUUUCUUGAAACAACCGAUAAUGGUUAUAUUCCAAUUGAUGUUUAUACAUCAAAAAUAAAUUCUAUCAUGGAUUUUGAAGUUAAUAUUAAAUUUUCGAUGCUUUAUGUAUGGGCAUUUGAUACUGAUUUAUCGAGUUCAUAUGCAAAAGAUGUAACGAAAAGAUAUUCACAAAAAUGGUUAACAACACCUUAUCGUACAGCACAUAUUGAACAUAAAACAAAUGGUGAUCCAAAAUGGUAUCAAAAAUUAAUGAAAAAAUAUCAACCAAAAGAUAAAACAAAAUCUCGAUAUUCUCAACAUGAAAAUAAACAAAUUGAAGAUCAAUUAGCGAGACAACCAAUUCCUCAAUCAAAAUCAGAACUCGUUGGUCAUCCAUUAUAUGUAUUGAAAUCGAAAUUACUCAAAUUUGAAGGAAUCCAUCCAAAUGAUACACCUCCUGUUGGAUGGCUUAAAGAAGAACCAAUUUAUCCUCGAGAAAAUAUUCAUAUUUUACGUUCAAAACAAACAUGGCUUAAAGAAGCACGACAAGUCAAUAAAGAUGAAGAACCAUAUAAAAUUGUUGAUGGACGAAUAAAAAAUAUGGAUCGUAAAAUGGGUGUAACAACAAGACCUGAAUUAGAAUUAUUUGGUGAAUGGCAAACAUCUGAUUAUGUUCCACCAACAGCAAAAGAUGGUAUUGUACCAUGUAAUGAAUAUGGAAAUGUUGAUUUAUUCAAACCAGAAAUGUUACCACAUGGUUGUGUUCAUAUUAAUGAAUCUAAUGCUGCUCGACUUUGUAAAAAAUUACAAAUUAAUUAUGCCGAAGCAAUUACCGGUUUCGAUGCACAUGGUGGUGGAUCUCAUCCAGUCAUAGAAGGUAUUGUUAUAUGUAAAGAAUUUGAACAAACUUUACGUGAUGCACUUGAAGAACAAAAACAAAUUACGAUUGAAAAAGAGAUAAAGAAAAAAGAUGAACGAGUUUAUAAAAAUUGGCGAAAACUUAUUCGUGGUUUAAUUAUUAAACAAAAUCUUGCAAGAAAAUAUGCUGACGAUGAUGAUGGUGGCGAAUUAGCAACUGAUGCAAAAUAUCAAUGGCCUUUAUUACCAAAAGAAAGUAAUGAUAAUGACGACGAUUUCAUGUAA